AGGGUCAUGGAGUGAGGAAGUGGCCACCUUCAACCUAUGCAUCAUCAUCAUCAUCAUCAUCAUCAUCAUCAAAUCUAAAAGAGUUGUAAGACCUUGUUUGCAUAAACAAAAGUUGAAAAGGAGAGAAAAAGAAAGAGAGAAACAAAAGGGAGCUCAAUCCUUGCAAGGAAGAACCAGAUGCCAAGUUCCUUCAAUGUGAAAAAACCGACAUUAUCUAUAUAUGUGUGUGUGUGUGUGUGCACAUGUUUAUCUGCCAAUGGUGCAGAACAACAGCUAUUUGUACCAGAGUUGGUAAGCAUAGAGCAUGAACUUGGAGGUUGUCUUUGCCUGUGAAGUGUCUGGUUUCUAGCUAAGAGUUUCGACAAGGAUGCAGUCUUGUGUUACUUGACACACCUAAUGCCGAAGAAAUGGGGAAGAAAGGGAACUGGUUUUCUGCUCUCAAAAGAGCAUUUACUUCCUCUUCUAAAGAUAAGUUAGCCAAUGAGCCGGACAAGAUAUAUCCAAAAGAGAAGAAAAAGUGGGGGUUUACACGGACAAGGCAUGGAGAGGCCAGCUCUUUCAUGCCCCUGUAUCGAGAACCAAGCAGCAUUGAGAAGAUCUUGGGAGAUGCGAAAGGGAGCAGAACAGGAAUGUACAUCAAAGGCCACUUAGAGAUGCCGAAAUGGAUCAAAGGCAAUGGACACAUCAAAUGGCUCAAAAGGGAAAUUCAAAAGGAAUCAGCAGCAAAAGUUACAGCAAUUGCCACCUAGAGAUAUUGAAAGAGAGCAUCAUCAUCAUCAUCAAAAGUUUCAGCACUUGAUUUCUAGAGAGGUUGUAAGGGAGUCGAACCAAAAUUUACUUCAAAUGCCUCCUAAGAAGGGUCCACAGUAUAAAGCACCGAAGUCAAAAAUAUG